CGUUUACGUUCGAGUAUUGCUAAGGCCGGGCAAAGAGACAUGAUCCUACUUAUAUAAUAUUUUGAAGUCAGAAAACGUAUCCACUACAGCACGAUAUUUUCCCCAGUUUUUAUUUCAAUCCCAGCAUGGAAGUGUGCUUUCAAUCUACCCAUAAAAAAUGAUAAGCUCUGAAGUUAGAAAAACUCUACGCAAAGAAGUGUCGGCCGUUCAAAGUGAAAAAAAGUGAAUAUUUGUGAUAUUUCCGAUACUGUCAAGGUUAAUCAAAUUUUUACAUCAUGCUGCUGUCACAUAGUCCUCCAGUUUUCUCGCACAGCCCACCCACUGAGUUCCUUCCACAUCAACCCUACCACGUGUCGCCGUUCAGAGAUGUGCCUAGGAUUCGAAGAUCAACUUCUUUUCCAGUCAGGUGCUCCUCGAAACAAUUCACCCGACCUAGCAAACCGAUUUUAAUAACAAGAACAUCCGAGGAAACUUCUUCUGAUGACGACAAUCUGAGUCCAACGAAGAACAAGAAAAAAGUCGUAUUUGCCGACGACAAAGGAAUGUCUUUAACACACGUGCGACUGAUGACUGAACCUUCCAACGUCCCUCCCCUCUGGACCAAGCGUUUCCUUUCAGAAGUUACUCGUGGAAUCAGUGCUGAUCCGGUAAAAUCUGACGUUAGUUGGGAAAUCGCUUUUCCCCAGCCUGCAUCGGACUAUAUACAGUUUCGACACAGGCUAGAGACACAACGUGUUUGUUUGGAGAAUAUCUUGAUAAAGGAGAAUGAAGAACAAAUCUUCGGAACCAUCAAAGUAGCGAAUUUAUCCUUCGAGAAGGUUAUAUUUGUGCGGUCAUCUUGUGAUGACUGGAGUACACACCAUGAUACAUUUUGCUCUUACGUCCCAAACACCUUACCAUCUUCCAGUGCCACGUCAGCUUACGUCGUUUAUGACACCUUCUCCUUCAAUAUGGAUCUGCCGAAAAAAUCUAAAAGAUUGGAAUUUUGCAUAUGUUUCAAAAGCGACCAAACGGAAUACUGGGAUAACAACGACAAUAAGAAUUAUCUUCUUCUCAAAAGGAUCCAUUUUCUUCCUAGAACAAACUCGAACGACAGUUUCUUAAAUGGCCAAAACAUGAUACCGAAAAAGGAAAACAAGGGUACGAGUGAUUACGUUGGAACCUCAGUAAAUGCAAGUACGUGGUCAGAAUUUGCCAGUUGGACUCAUUUUGAAAACAGUGGACCUUAUUGGUGAAUUAGGAUCAGUGAAAACAUCCUGAGAUGUGAUCCAUGAAAAAUAAAAGACUGUCCAAGAUCUGGAAUAGAUUGGAUGAAACAUUAAUGGCGAAGAUUUCCACUCCUGAAACCCACUCUUUCUAAGAAUCUUCUGCUCCAUGAAUUCUAUAUUGUUGAUCGAUGUCUUCUAUCUGUGAUAAGAUUGAAAAUAUGCAACUUCAAGGCAUUCGUUUUUCAUUUUAUUAUUUCGACUAUCAUUAUGAUUCAAUAUCUUUUCUACGAAGAUUCACGCAGAGUUAUUAUACGGUUUUUGUCUUCUACUUAAUAUUUUAGCACCGUGACAUUAUGUCCAUUCCUUUCAAGAAUAAUUUUAUCGCUUAGUGUUAGACCAACGAAGAACUCGGCUACAAUAAUUUCCAAACAUUUAACUUCUAUAAUCCUGAUAAUUUGGAGGUGAAAUCUGCAUUUACAUUUCAUUUACGAUAAUUUGCCUCGCUGAAUUCCUUCAAAUGGACCAGUUCAUUGUCUCCAAGAUAGUAUCAAAGGCAAUGGAUGUAAUUUUCUGGGAAUGAGUAAUUACUUAUAUAAUAGUGAAAAUAGUACUUAUAAUAUGGUGCCAUUGUUAUCAUUAGUGGAUACUGAAGGUGUUAUCAUAAACUUUCGAACUUAUUGUUACUUUGUAUAUUUUUCUGUUAUGUUGUUUUAAGUGUAUCUUUUUACAAAACUAUAUCGAUUAUCUUGUAAAUGUUGAAUAUAUUGAUUUUAAUAUAAACUUAUAUAAUUUUAUCGUU